AUGCGCAGGUUCGAAACUUUGAACCCAGAGACCAAGGAUCUGGUGCUAUGUCUUCUACCUGCGCUUGCUACUUCUUUUGGCGUCUCGGACCCUGUAGACAUCAUCCCGCAGGACAUCCGGAUGCGCGCGUGGGAUUGUGAGCGCCGUGACCACAUCAAGGAAGAGACAGAGGACGACCCCCGCAACUGGGGCGUUCAGUUCAUCAAGGACCUCAUGGCAAUUUCGCGUCUCAAGAAGGGCGAUUUGGCUACAUUUCAAGCGGAUCUGUACGCAAAGUGCGCUCUGCAUGAGUCCAAGCAUCCUUGGUGCCGGUUAAACGACAUCCGAGAGCUUAAGGACGAGUACGAGCACCCAGAACGCAAGAAUCAAGUGGAGGUGGUGGAGCCAUCGUCCAGCUCCUCGACUGAUUCUUAUUUUGAAGAGUUGGUAGAGCCGGAUGAAGUGAAGGGUGCGAAGCGCCGCCGCGGUGGUGCUCACGAGGUCUACGAGGCUCGCAUCAUGAAGAAACGGCACAAGCAUAAGCCCGCCCGUCUCCGCCGAGUGGAUGCUGGUGGUUUCCAGCGCCACGACCCAGCUGCGAAGAAACGCCAACGUGCAAGUAACACACCCAACGACGCCCGUCGCAUGGUCAACCGCAGCAGUCGACCAGUUCUCACCGACGAAGACGACGACGAUGACAUCAGCUCGGUGCCAUCUGCCCGCGCCCCCUCUCUCCUUGCCCAUUCGGCGCCCGCCUUUUCCCUCUCCCCUGGCCCACGGGCUGGUUCCACGUGCGAGGUUGAUGCUUCGAGCGAGUCUCUGGCUGUGCAAAAGUUGCAGGCGGAGCUAGAUGUCGCGGAAGCUGAGCUCAAGGCUGCCCGUCUCAAGUACCAAUACAUCCAGGCUAAGGAACAGGCCGAGGCGAGGCAGAUGCACGGCGAUGGUGGUGCUCCGAGAGAUGCUCUCUGA